GCAGCUCUGUCAAUAGCUGAGCGUCGUCGCAGUGUAAUGACGUCACGUUGCCGUAGAAACAGAAUCGGCUUUUGGAUGCUAACUGCUAACGCUAGCUAGAAAACUGCGCUGCAGCUUCGUUGUCUGGUGAAGGCUAUCAGGUUAACCUCAUGUCAGCGAUGAUGCAGGAGGUGGAAGCUUUGGUGUUGGUGCUAAAGAAGCAGAUGGAGGACCAAGAUCUGAACCCGGAGCAGAAAAUCAACCUGCUGAACAACGGCUUAACUGAGGCUCUGAACGCAGCAGCUCUGCAGCCAGACAGCAGCGCGUUGGUUCGUGUUAAGUCUUUGUUGUAUGAGAGCAGCGUCCUGAGUCACUGCGUCUCCCUCCUGGAUCCCAGACGGCUGCCAGGCCUCCAGGGCGCCGUGGCCAGGCUGGCUCAGCUCACAAGUUCCUGCUGUGUUGGAAUGGAACCUAGUGAAAACCUAGUAAAGACCUUUUAUAGGCUGUUCCUUCCAUCAGUCAUGGACAGCCUCCUGUCAUUGGCCAGUCAGCUGAUGAGGCAAGCAGAGUGCAUGUCUCUCUUCAGGAAGGUGAUGGAUUCUGUCGCCUGGCUCCUCAGGGCUCACACUCAGCUCACAACCCAGGUUCUCAGCUCCACUCACUACGAGCAAAUCCAGAUGUGGGAUGAUGUUGUUGUUUCUCUGCUCUGUAUUCAGUUGUGGGUCCAGACAUGCAUAACCAGCAGCUCCCUAUCUGUUUUUAGGGACUUCCUUCUUGGCCUCAGUGACGACUCCAUCCUGUUGCUGCUUAAUGAGGCUGUUGGACAAUUGGCUGUCAACACUGAUUCAAAUGUGGGCGCUGCCUCUGUAAGACUGAUCCUUCUUAUGGCCAAUCAGCUGGACAUCAGAUUCCAUCCCCUACUUCUGAAAUUCAGAGGUCUAGACAGCCUGCUCGACAAAGACUGGCGGGGACGAGGCUUUGACCAGGAUGUGGACCAACUUAUUGCUCUUAUCCAAUCUGAAAGAGGCACAUUGAGUCACCUACAGGCAGAUACUGAGCAUGUGCGAGCAGCGUGUGUGAUCCAGGCAGCCUGGAGGUCGUAUCAGACCAGACGCAGAAUAAAGAGCCUCAACAGAGUUGUCAGCAGCCUGCAGAGGAGAUACAGGGCUCAAAGGCAAAAGCAGCAGCAACAAGAUGAAGCAAGGCGCCAUCAGGAACUGUUAAAGUACCAGGUGUGUGUGAGACGUCAGCAGGCAAGAAGAUUGUUUCACCAAAAACAGCGACAGCUGCUACAGCAGCUGCCUCCUGAUCAGGUGCAGGUGUAUCUGCAGGAGUGCGAGCGUCGUGCUGCUGUAGUGAUCCAGAGCUACUGGAGAGGCUUCAGAGAGAGACAGCGUUACAACGACAAACAUGGGCAGAUGCUGAGACAGACCAGCAAAGAGCAGGAGCAAGCAGCCAGAGUUCUACAGAGAGCGGUCCGUCAUUUUCUACAGAAGCCAAAGGCAGCGUCUGUGCCCGUGAUGUCGUUCUGGAUCGGUCAGACGGGUUUGACAGACAGCCGCAGGGCCGAGCUACAGAGUCGGGUGCAGAAGCAUGUGGCUGGGCAUCCUUCUCCUCGUGUGUCUCCUGAGGAGUGUGAGCGUCUUCAUGAGAAGGUGCAGCAGCUGCUGCUGUUGGAACUGCAGAAAGGAGAGAAGCGGAGGAGGGAGGAGGAGAGGAUGGAGGUUCUGCUGGCUCACACACACACACAGCUGGAUCUGCUCAGAGAUGCCCCGCCUCUCUCUGUCGUCACAGAAAAGGAUGCAGAGGCUUUCAUCAGCCCUUCAGGUUCCAUCGCUGCUCGCGCCCGUGACGCCCACAAUGCCAUGCUGCAGGCAGGUCGACUGCCCUGGUGGAAGAACCUGGGAAAGACGGCUGACGGCUUGACCCCCAAUCCCCUGGAGGAGCUGGAGGCUGAGUGUGCAUUGCGUGUGACUGGUCCAGCAGGAGUCAGCAGACACAGACAUGGAUGGAACCACUGACUGCUCGGUCCUCGGGACCUGGACGAGACAAGGCUGAGAACUGGUGUUGUUUUAUUUGCAAUGAUUUGCAACUUCAUUGGAAUCUCUUCAAGACUCACAGUACAGUAAUGCUGUGUCUGUUAUUAGAAUGAGGUGAAUGAAUGAUUAAAGGGAAUUCUGUAUAAACUUGAACCAAAUAGUGAACCGAUUAUUUUAUAGUUAAAGGUCAAUGGCCCCGUUCUUGUCAACACAUACAUGAAGAGAAACUGAUUGGAAGAUAUGGAUAUGAACUUAAAUAAAAAGCUUCUAAUGCUGCUGUUAGUUCUGAUUUUAUAA